GAUACGCGCCGUGUAUUCGAUUAUUUCACAAAAAAUAUAUGUAUUUCGGCAAGAAGAACGAAUCCAGGAUCGGUGAAGUGAUCGGUAUGAGCGUCAGGAUCUACGAAGGAAUAUUCGAAUGAAUAAAUUUCUAUGCGAGAACGCGAAAUAGCGGGAAUCUUCGCGGAUUAAAUCAGCGGGUGGACGUCUCUCUUGGAUAUAAACGCCAUUUUGUGAGCACGCAUCGCGACGUAAACAUCAAAACUUUCUAAUCGUGUUUAUCGCGAACGACGAGACAAUUUUUCAUUGAUCGAAGGAAAAAGUAUAAUACGACAGGUGUGCGAUCGUUCGAGACCGAUGACUCUCGCAAUGGUUUAGCCGUUUCUGUUCCUUCCUCAGAGACGUUUCGCGCCAAAUCCGGCACAACGCACCUGGCGCAACACCCCACAAACAGCUGUCCGUUUCCUUGCCGAUUUUUCGGAUAUCCACGAUCGGUCGUCGAUUUUUACGUUUAAAGGACGCUCAUCCGGCCAGGUAGAUCAUUUCGUGGGAUCCAUUUAACGUCGCUAACGUUCGGUCAGCGAUUGCUUCCGACCUGUCCCAUAACCGUUCUCAUAAUGCGCCUUAUGUUUUUUAAUUCGGUCACGUUAAAACGAAAAAGUCGGUUACCGUUUAUCUCUCGUUCAUUUUUUUAGUCAUGAAUUUCGAUGACAAAUGGCAUAAACGAGUCUCGGUUUUGUUUCCAAGUUUGUCUCAUCGUUUGGACUCUCAUGGAAUUGUAAUUAUUUCAGAAUUAUUAUAAAUGCGUUUGUCUAUGAAUAUGUGUGAUCUAUUUAUUCAAGUGUUGAGAAAUUUCAUUAUUCCUCUUCCCAGUGCAUCUUUGAAAAAGAAACGUAUCGACAUGUAGAAAAGAACUCUGUACGAUACUCCUCCAGCGAACGUCUAAUAUUUCAAAAUUCGAAAAUGUGAUACUAACCGGGCUUAAUGGUCGAAGCAAAACAUAAGGAAUGGUAUUCUAUUCUAUUCUCCCUGGAUGUCAGAUAAGCUGAAAAAUGUCUGGUGAUUCAGGAUGGAGUUCUGUUAUCCAUCAUCCUUCAGAAUUAGAAUUACAGAAUUGGAAUUGGGAAGAAAACGAUGGAGAACAGGAGAGAGAACUUCCUUCGACGGUUGAUAUGGAUGCCAUAAAAGGUGGAGGUAGCUGGGAUCCUGCUAAUGGAACUAAUGGAACUGACUCGAUUGAUUCCGAAGAAGAUUCUGAUUCCGACGAGGAAAGUUCUGGCGGAACCGAGGGUAGCUGUUCUUAUUCAGAUUCAAAUUCAGAAUCCGACGACGAAAGUAGCGGAGAGGAAGAAGAAGGGGAAGACACGGGAUCUAAUUCAGAUUGUACAUCUGAACAUAGCGAGCAAAGAUUUUCGAUCCAAGAAACAAAUUUUGAAUCGGGAGCGCUUAAACUAAAGAUCACCAUGAAGGGUCCGAAAAAGGAAGAUAUCGAUAAAAUUAAAUAUGAUAAAAAUCGAAGAAAUAUGACGAAAAAGAUCAAAGCGACGAGUCGUGGAGUAAAAUCUUCAGAAUGCAGCAGCGAUGAUUCCGAUUCGUCGACAAGUCAGAAUUUUCAACACACGCAACAAAUGAUCGUUCAACAAUCGCAGCAGCAGCAGCAGCAGCAGCAGCAGCAGCAACAGCAGCAGCAGCAACAGCAGCAGCAGCAGCAGCAGCAGCAGCAGCAGCAGCAGCAACAGCAGCAGCAGCAGCAGCAGCAACAGCAGCAUCAGCAGCAGCAUCAGCCGCUUCAAGAAAUAAAUCAAGAAGAUUUGGCAGCUAUUUUACCGGAUCAAGAACACGAAGAUGCUCCGUUCGAUGGAUUCGAGGACUCGGAAAGUGGUCGUUUAGUAUCAAAAGCUAUCGAACGUAUGUCGUUAGGAGCAGACUCGGACACUAGUGAAAACGGUGAUCAAAAUCCUAUACCUGUAUAUAGUUCUACGCUUUUACAACAAUUCGUUGAAAAAACGGCACUUUUGUCAGAGCCUCGAAAAAGACGUAGCAAAUUGGGGAAGAAACUCAAUGAUACGGAAUAUCCUUGCGUAUCGAACGUUUCACCGGAUUCAGGCAUUCAAUCCGUGGAUAAUAGUCCUUUGCAUUUAGCGAUUAGCCCUGUUAGCCCGCCAGUUCCCACGCAAUCGCCUGUACAGCCUAUCGUACCGAAACCAGCUGUCAAUGUGGAUAGAGUAUUGUAUCCGCCUAAGAGAAAACCGGGUAGGCCUGCAAAGACCGUGUCCACUCAACCCCGUGGCCCGGGAAGGCCCAGAUUAAAGCCGGAAGUCGCCGAGAAAAUAGAGAAAGUCGAGAAACACGAGAAAAAAAGUACUCAGUUGCAGCAGAAGGUUGUCAAGAAGGAAGUAACUCCGGGAAAGAGAGGAAAGGUCAAGCCCUUGCCAAAAUCAACGACAGCUGCUCAACAGGACACGUCUGUGAUCAAAAGAGUCAAAGAUAAAAAGCCUUUCCCAAAUAAACGGUCUAGUACAGUGAAAGUUUUACAGGAGAAAGCUAGUAAGAAAAACGAAAAAGCAUCGCCAGCUAGAGUCAAGUGCCUAAGCAGAACGGUAGCGAACAAAGCUAUGCGAGAAACGACACAAUGCGAUAGCAAAGCUUAUAAGAAGGUAAAACAGGAGAAACCUAACGCGUCUAACAAAGGCAUGAACCCGGUAACGCGUCAGAAACAAUCUUCUUGCGAGCGUAACGCGAGCGAACAAAAAACUUUGCAUCCCAAUAAAAGAAGCUCCAAGGAAAAUAGAAACAACGCGAGUACAACGAGAAAGCAAAGCUCGUUGAAGAAACCCGUUCCGCAAGCCACUACUACGCGGCGCGUUUUAAAAGAAAACAAAUGUAACAAAAAGAGUAAUUCAACGUUCGAAACCAAUGGAGUUGGUGUCCAGACGUUGAUAUCCUUACCUAUCGGAGAAGUAUUGAAGACGGAAAACGUAGAGAAUGUAUCUAACAAGUGCGACAAAGCGACGCAACCGAUACACACUCAUUGUCACAAGCACCACCAUCAUAAACAUCGCCGGCGAUUGUUAAUGCCACCGAAAAAUCCGAUCCGUAUCGACCCAUGUAUCAUACAGGAAUUAGAAAAGCUAAUCGAGGAGUUUACUAGAUCUUGUAGUUUAGGCAGAAAUAACAAUAAUUCUAAUCACACGGAGUUACCACAAAUCUUUCGAGUGAAGAAGCUCACAAAGAAAAGGAAAGGUGACGUUAGUUCGAACGACGAACAGAAGUUGAAAAGACGCUUGAAGAAGGAAAAAGUACUUUUGAACUCGGAUUCAAAGAGCAAUACAAACACGAGUACAAAUUCUAAUCCAAAUGAACAAAGAUUGCCAUUAAAAAAAAGGCAUUAUCACGUGUCUAGUCCGCAUAGCUCCCAGAGUUCAAACGCUAGUUGUACCGAUACUAAUCCGAAUGAAUCCAAUUCGACCGAAAGCCAUAUAGAGGAAGCGAUCGAAGCUACUAUAAAUAGGUAUGGUGGCAGCUCGGCGUCUUCCGUUCAUGACGAGAAUGUCGUAAUUACGCCCAAAAAGAGACUUAGAGAUAGUGAAAAUGCAGUACCUGAAAAGCAAGGAAACAAUUCUGGCGAAUCUUUAGAAGAUAAACCGUUAAAUCAAUUGGAAGUACAACCUCGAAGAAAGAAGAAGAUUGUAAAAGAUCUCAGAGUCACGGUUACGAAGUUGUCGUCCGAAAAUCACGGGUUAUUCGAGAAAAUUGACAAAUCAGAGAAAUCUACGAACGAGAAAAACUUGAAAAAUCAUGCAGAUAAAUCGAGCAAGUCGGACAAAGUAGUGGCAGAAAAAAUUGUAAAAGCUGAUAAAAACCAAGCGGAUAAAGUGGAAAAAAUUGAUUCGUCGAUCGAUAACGACCACUUAGAAAAACAAAUAAAAGUUGAUACGGAGGAGAAUAUAACUGAGAAUGGUGACGCGCAAGAGGGUGGGCUUGAAAAGAAGAUUAAACAAGACAACGCAUUGAACGUUCCAAAUCCAGUAAAUCCUUCUGCGGCGUUGCUUCUUACCAAGAAAAAAAUCCGAAGGCGUAAGACCAUCAAUCGUACAGGUUUUCCGACGUUAAAGAAGAAGAAAAAGAAAAUAUUUACGAAUAGUGAAACGACCAUGAUAAAAAAGGGAACUGUUGUACCCGAAAGUAAUGCGACGCCUAAGGAUCAAGAUUGUAUGGAAGGAGAUGUGCAAGAAAGUAAGGUGGAUAAUAAAGUACCUCUGUCGAAUGACAAAAUUUCGGAUGAUGUUACGAUUGAGGAUGACGUCAAGGUCAAAAGUGGAAAUAAUGUUAAAUCACAGAGUCACAUAGAAGUCAAAGAUUUCGAGGAUUCUAAUUCGGGACGCAAUAUGACGUCCAGUCAUAGCGGUUCUGAUGAGAUAUUAGACUCUUGUCCAGGACAAUUGAGAGUACGUAAAGACCUCGUUGAAUCCGACAGUAGUACUCCUUCCGAUAAGAUAUAUCCAGUCAAGUUUGAAAAACUUCAAGAUUGUAGAAUUUAUGACGAGAAUGCGUCGUUGGAAGAAUCUCUUGAAAGAUAUACUCAAAAUCAAAGAAUAGCAGAACUCAACGAAGAAAAUUUAAAAAAGUUAGAACGUGCAAAUGCUCAUGCUAAUGUAAAGAUGGAGUUAUCUAGUUGUUUCAAUAAUAAUCAUAAGAAGAGAAGAGGAUCAGCUAGUCCAUGUAAUUUAACAUUGAGGAAUGCGAAACGUCUACGAGGCGCGGGCUAUGAUACCGAAAGCGAUGUUCUUCCUGGCAGUGAUGUAACUAGCGAUGAGCAUGAAACUGGGAAACAAUCGAGUAUACCGCACACCAGAAAGAAACAAUCUAGAUGGAAAAAACGCUAUUUGCAGGCAGGCAUUUUUUCCGAAUACGCCAAGGAAGAUGAUCCCAAGAAGAUCUCAAAUACCGAGUCUAAUUCUGGGAAGAAUAAAUUAUUAUGUGAUACGAAUGAUCAUUCAUCUGCUUUACUACCUGCCUCGUAUCAAUGUGGUAAACUUUUACGUCAACGAAAAAUGCCAUUUCAAUUGCCAUAUGAUUUAUGGUGGUUACAUACUCAUUCAAGACUACCAGGUAGAGAUUUAGUGCCAUCUUGGAAUUACAAGAAAAUUAGAACGAAUGUUUAUUACGAUGUCAAACCAACAACUUUGUACGAGGCACAAGCCUGUGAGUGUAAACCAGAAAGCGGUUGUGGCGACGAUUGCAUUAAUCGUAUGGUAUUUAGCGAAUGUUCACCGCAAUUCUGUCCUUGUGGCGAGAAAUGUGAAAAUCAACGAAUUCAAAAACACGACUGGGCACCAGGACUGCAGAGGUUUAUGACCGAAGACAAAGGUUGGGGUGUGAGAACCCAACAGUCCAUUAAAUCGGGAGAUUUUAUUCUGGAAUAUGUCGGUGAAGUCGUUUCGGAACGAGAAUUUAAAUCCAGGAUGGCGACUAGAUACGCCAAUGAUACACAUCAUUAUUGUUUACAUUUGGACGGAGGUUUGGUAAUCGAUGGUCACCGUAUGGGUGGCGAUGGGAGGUUUGUUAAUCAUUCGUGCGAACCUAAUUGCGAGAUGCAAAAAUGGAGCGUACAUGGAUUACCGCGAAUGGCUUUAUUUGCGUCCAGAGAUAUAAAACCUGGGGAAGAACUAACAUAUGAUUAUAACUUUGCUCUCUUUAAUCCGUCGGAAGGUCAGCAAUGUAGAUGCGGUAGUAGCGCGUGUAGAGGAGUUAUAGGUGGGAAAAGUCAAAGGGUGCCAAGAACUAUUACCUCGAUUCCUCCUCAAAUAGAACCUGCAGAGAGAAGAUCAGUGGGUAGACCUCGUAAAAAUGUUCGUAAAUCCAACACGGUGCAAUCCACUAAUUCUAAGGGAAUUUGCAAAUCGCGUAAAGUAGGCGAUUCUAGUCUCGUUAAUGCACCUAUGCUGAAACCUAUGUCGCAUCAACAACGUUGUUUCGCCCAGCAACAUCAUUGCUUCCUGUUAAGAAACUUGGAGAAAGUAAGACGACUUAAAUCAUCGAUUAAUCAAGUGCAAGUACAAAAUGGUAAAACAAAAUGUAGUAGUACGCAUAAUAUAAAGGAAAAAAAUUCUGGCGAUUCGAAGACGCAAUCGGACGCAUUCUUUUCUCAAUUAACGGCAUUAACGAAUACCAAUGCAAGAACCGUACGUACGCGAAGACUCGCACAAGCGCAGGAUGAUCCAGAAGUGCAUAAGACUGCCAAGUUAGCCAAGGUGCUAAAAGAUUUAUACUCUAUAGUAGCGAACGCUAAUGAUGAAAAUGGCCAAUUAUUGUGCACGCCAUUUGUGAAUUUACCUGCUAAAAGAAAAUUGCCUGAUUAUUACGAAAAAAUACCAGAUCCUAUAGAUUUGAAUACUAUAGAUCAAUGUAUCGGCACUGGUCAUUAUAAAACCGCAGAACAAUUUGAUCAAGAUAUGAUCAGACUUUUUGAUAACAAUGUCAGGUUCUUUGGAAGAACGUCCGAAGUUGGAAUCGCGGCAGCAAGACUUAGAAAAUUAUAUUUGGGAAGUAAACCUGAUUUUGUAGAAGCUAUCACGGAAGCAACGGGUUCGCCUCCGUCUCAAGGAUUCUUACCUCCGCGAGGAUCUACCGCUGGGGAAGAAGAUGUCAUUAGAUGUAUAUGUGGACUGCAUAGGGACGAAGGCCUAAUGAUUCAAUGCGAGCGUUGUCUCGUUUGGCAACAUUGCGAUUGUGUCAAAGCUGAUACAAGCAUUGAAUCUUAUUUGUGCGAAAGAUGUCAGCCAAGACCGGUUGAUCUAGAGAUACCAUUGGAAGGUGAGGAAGAAGAAGAAGGCAAGAAACAUUACGUAACGUUAUUGCGAGGAGAUCUACAACUUAGACAAGGGGAUACAGUAUAUGUAUUAAGAGAUACACCUGAAAAACAUACAUAUAAAACUAUUCAAAAGCCAGAUUACGAACAGAUGGAUAUUUUUAGAAUUGAACGACUUUGGAAAAAUACCGAGGGAGAAAGGUUUGUGUUUGGUCAUCAUUAUUUAAGACCUCAUGAAACUUAUCAUGAACCAACUCGAAAGUUUUAUGAAAAUGAAGUAGUAUGCGCUCCGUUGUACGAAGCAGUUCCAUGUGAUCUUGUUGCCGAACGUUGUUGGGUCCUUGAUCCACAUACUUAUUGUAAAGGCCGACCAGUCGGAUCUACACCAGAGCAUACUUAUGUUUGUGAGUAUCGCGUUGAUCGUGCUGCACGUCUAUUUACGAAAGUCGCAAGAGCCAGGCAUCAAGUGUGCACGAAACCUUAUGCAUUUGAAACAUUUCCACAACGGAUCAAACAUUAUCGCACAUACUUGCCUCACAGUCUCGAUGGUAUUAACGUUGGAAGUAAAAUUAACAAAGAUAAGAAAAAGAAUAAUCAAGAUGCAGAUAGUCAUCAUCACAAAGCAGAAUCAACCGACAAUACAAAAGCAAAUAAUAAGGAUAAACCGUCUAAUAGCAAGACUAGACGGAGAUCCAGUGAAAUUAUAACAAUCACGCCAACCGUUACGUCUUAUGCUCAGAUAAACCUUUUACAGAGAGAAGAACAGAGAAAGAGACUGAAUAGCAUUCUGAUCAAUUUGUUGCAAAAAAUGCCAAACAAGAAAGAUCCAUUGGAUUUAUCCUUCCUUCUGGAAAGGAACAGACGAAAUCGUAAAAGACCAAUCGGACUCAAUCCGUGACAUUGGAUAAUACAACAACAAUAAUAUUGUGUUAUGUGUAGGUAACAAACUUUUACUACGAUUGAAGUAGAUAAACUGGCUAAUCAGUAGAUAACUCGGAACAGCAAUACGUAAAUGUACUAUUUUGUCCUUCUCUUAAAAAAAAAAAAUGUUGAAAAAGCGUUUCCUUUUUCAUACAACCCGUCCAUUCAUAUAAUCUGUAUUGGAAACGUAGACAUGCAUUACAUUUCCUGGAUAAAUUACAUGAAUUAAGAUGUUUUUAUAUAUUGUUUCCGUGUGUAUAAAAAAAAAAAAAAAAAAAACAAAAAAAAAUAAAAAAAACUAUAGAAAAUUUACUUUGCUCGAAAAUUUUCUACAGUUUUUCUCGUAUUUUUAUGUGAAGGACUGUAUUUUCACUGACACUUUCGAAUCUUUGUAUAGUACUUUUUUAUGAGAAUUUCUUCGAAAAUAAUCGUAACGAGAGAUUGGCUUUAAUUUUGCCAAUUAAAUCUGGCAUAAUAUGCUGGCAUACUGAUGCAAGAAUAUCAGUUCUGAUUCGAGUUUCAGUGAGAAAAUAGUCGUUAAUUAUUUAUAAAAUAAAAUCCCAAAUAGUAUAUCGGGUACAGUUUGUAACUGUUUUGACUUACUAGUGGUGAUUUUCAUAUAAAAAAAAAUUAUCUAAAGAUAUACGAUUUCAAAUGCAUAUAAAGCAAAAGAAACGUUAUUCUCUAUCUGGGUGUAGCAGGCUACUUUAAUAUUGAAAAAUUGUAUAGAAUCAUUUGUAAAUCCUUUCAUAGUUGAUGUAGUUAAAUGUACAAAUAAUGAAUUACACAAAGAAAGAGAUCAUACGAAGGAACAAACGAAAAUAAUGAACAUGUAGAUUAAUAGAAGGAAAAGAAGAGAAAGAAUGUGUGACAAUUUAUUGCACAAAAGUAAUAUUAUAUUUUUCAUAAAAUCCAGUGUCAUUUGAAUUAAGUGUAUAGUAGGUUUUUCAAUUAAUAGAGCAAGUUUGACUAAUGUAUUUAAUUUAUCUGUGUGAGUUAUUAAAACUCAAGAGUGUUUAAACAUUGCUAUGAAUUAAAUUGUAAAUAAAUAUACAUACACAACAUAUAUAUAUAUAUAUAUAUGUAUACACACAACACAUACACAUAUAUACAUACAGUAUACGCGUCAAGGUGACUGUAUAAGCACAAACACACACGCGCGCGCGAUACAGACAUGGACACCAGCUGCUGCAUGCACACAAACACAACUUACUAUUUAUUGCUGCAUUAAAAAGUAUGGUAAUCAUGUUGUAUUAAUGUAUUUAAUAUGCAUAUGCACUUAAUAUGCGUAAGAUUUAUUUUAUAUUUUAAUUGUAGUGUAUUACCUGAUAUACUUCUAUUUUCAUUAAAUUAAUCAUUUCAUCUAAGCUGACGUAAGGCGAAAGUAUUUGGUGCGAAUUGUGUGCAUUUCUUAAAAUAUAUAUAGAUUGGUCGAUUAACAAAGUAUAUUAAAUAUAUUUUAACAUAAUGAUUUGUUUUACAUUUAUAAUCAAUGAAUUUUUAUAUUAUAUUGUUAGUAGGAGGAUAUUUAAAGAAAAAUAUUUAUAUAAGAGGAGGAACUAACAAGGGUGGAGGUAUCACGGAUACUAAAUUAGUUUAGCGAGUGGUGAUUUUAUUAAACAUUGGAUAUCUAAGAAAGCUUAAAAAGUCUAAAUAAUAACAUAUAAUAUACAGACGGACGAGCUAUUAUCCAUGACAGAUAUUUUGGUUUCCUUUUUAAAAUAGAUAUAUCGCUCACAAUUCAACAGUUAAUAUCGUAUAAACUAUACAAUGCACUUACAUGAUCAUAAUUGUAUAACAUGGAUCAUCGUUUGGAAGCAUAAUAUCUCUGCACAAUAUGUGUAUUUAGGCUUUCUGGAAUGCUUUCAUUAUUGCUAUAUAUAUAAACACAGAUAAUACCAUGACGUUUAUUAUGUUAUCACAAUAUACAAGACACUGAUAUAUUAAAAUAUAUAAACUUGUAUUAUAUAACUUUUAUACUAAGUGUCCUUCAAAUAUUCAUUGUCUACCAAUUACAUCCAUUCUAUAAACGUAAAUAAAAUACGUCGUCAAACAUAAUGAAAUAUGUAAGUCUAUAAUUGUACGCGAGUAGAUACCUCUAAAUUAAGGAUCGUUUUCUAAUCGUUUGCGCGUAUAUUCUUUUUUUUCGAUUGCAUAUCUAAAUGCAAUCGUUUCGAAAUUAUACAAAUUUUCGUAUUAGCGCAUAAUAAAAAUCAACGAAGUAUCUACUCUUAUGCUUUAUAAUAUUACAAAAAUACUUGCAUAUUAGUGGCUAUAACUAAAAACACGUAAUCGUUUAUCUCGCCCAAUAUGUUUUUCGUCUUACGUCUAAAUUAUGUCGAUCGAAAUGUUUCUAAUAAAUCUUGAAAAUAUGCGAAAAGAUUUAAUAAAGCCCAUGGAGACAAACAAAGUAAUCUCGAUUAAAAUAAAAACGUAUUUGUCGUUAAUCUACAAAUCGUAAUAAACUUUAUACUUUUUACUCCUCAGAUGAUCGAAUAUUUAAUUGAAAUCAUACAUACAAAUUUCGCGAUGAUUACAGCGGCAACUCUUUAAAUUGUAUAAGUAGAAUAUGUACAGAUUACUGUAUUUCUUUCUGAAAAAGAUAAAUAUAUACAUAAAAAUCGAA